AAAUGCAGACGAUUGAUUUAUGCUGAUUGACAAGACGAGUGCUCUUCAGUCAUUUAUGAAUUUGUUUUACAACGUAUAUUGAUUGAUUUUUAUGAUUUUAAAAUUUACUUUGAUUUAUCAGUCAUUGAUUAUUGUUGCAUUAGCAAAAUACGAAGUGCAAGUGAGAUGGGUAUUAAUUUUCUCAUACGUAUGGAGGUACAUUGUAUAUCGCAGAAUAAUGACCCCGGCAUUCCUUUGAUCUUUGUAAUAACCGUGGUAGAAUUCUGUUUAAUACACAGGUUGUUUUCGCAAUGUCAAGCAAGACAUAGAGAAUCUACUUAUACGCAAAUCACUGUUGUAAAAAAGCAAUACAUUCUCUGUAUGAUAUUUGAAUAAUAUAGACUAAAUUUUGCCUUUUUUCUCAGAUCGCUUGAUCCGGCUCUCAAUGCAAAAAAAAAAAACAAAAACAAAAAAACCUGAAAAUUUAUCAGAUUACAUCACCUCGCAUCGCAAUAUAUAUUCAUAGGCGAAAAUGUUGCAUACAAAGAUAAGUUUUUAAAAAAGCUUUGAUGAAAAUAAACGCCGCAAAUUAUUGCAUUUCCUGAUAUUUGAAAACUGUUUUGUGCCGUGUCCAAGACUAAACUUCUCAAUCUCGGUCGGAGCAACUUCAAAAUAUAUCUUAAAUGCAUUGCAUGCGUGGCCGACACAUAUUUUCUGUUAUGAAGUUCGUAGCAAACUUUAUCUUCAAUAACUUUGUAAAAAGGCUCCGUAGAACUAAGAUAUAUGUACAUUGUAGCUGAUUGUCUUCACAUUUCGACGCUUCGUCGUACAUGUAGCUGCCAUUUGUAUUUUUUGAGUGUGUAUGUAUAUUUUGAUAAUCGAAGAAUAGUACUUGUCUUUUUGCAUUAAAUUAUAAGGAAAGAGUUUAAUUUUAUGGCAUAUAAUGCCAUAUAACCUGGUUUGGGUCAGUUUACGCUUUUAUAUAACCCGCUUCGCGAAUUAUAAAACAUAAACUGACCCAAACUACAUGUAGAAUACCUGCAAUAUGCCCCGAAAUUAAAUUCAUUCCUUUGAUAAUUUUCAUCGUUGCUUUGUACUUCUUUAAGUGUGAAUCGUGACAGCAAUUACUCUACUCAAUUACUCUAACACUAUUCUGUAACAUCGCAUCCAAUUCAAAUUAUGAUUAUGAAAUGGAGAGCCGAUGUAGGAGCGUUCACGUUAUAUAGUUUUAAUUGCAUGCUGCCCGGGUGAGGCACCUGUAUGGUGUAUUAUUAUAGUAAACAGGGUGAUCUAUAAAAUAUUGAUCGCUUACAGAUAUACAUGUAAAUGGAUCAAAAGUUUGUGAUCAAAUUACAUGACAACGUUUGCCGGGUUCUCAAGAAUAUGCCACUGUGCGAGAUGUUCGUUUCCUUUUCUAAUUGAACUAAAUGAAAUAGUUCCAUUAGUUAAUUGGACAAUGGCUUGCUCCGACGCCAUAUUGUCGUUGUGUUAGACGGGAUAUUGACGUGAACUUCUGUCGGGAUUUUAAAAAUGUUUUAAUCAGUGAAAAGGAAACCUGCGCUAAAAGACUUAAUAUUUAGAAAAGUGUUUUCUUAUAUAUCUUAUUAGUGUUCCAUUACAAACCCGCCCUUGCGAAAAAUUAAUUAGAGCAUGUGUAGUUCAUUUAUUGCUUGAUGCUAAAAAUACUUCACCCCUGUAAAUCAGUUUGAUUUUAAGAAACGUCUAUGGAAAUGUGACGGUCUUGUAAUUACGUUAGUGAAUUAUUGAUGGUAUUCUCGGAUUUGUAAACACGCGGAACCUAAUUGAUAAUUGACCCUGUGAAUAGAACAUCUCCGGGGGUAUAACUGCUCACACUGGAAGUAGACAUGCACAUAAUAUUAUCUUCGAUGAUUCGGGCUCCACCGCCGCGUACAACUUGCGCCUUUAAUAUUACAAUCUACUUAACGUGAUGGAAUAAUGAUGUGGCGUGUCUGAAUGUCGUAAAUCUAAUUUACGCUAACCUCCAACCUCCGCCUGUAAAAUCCCUCUCCUGCGAUGGAUUCACAUUUCAAUGGAUACAAUCUGUGAUUCCAUGGUAUACAAUAAUACCCACGGAACUUCGAAUGUAGCUGAACUUCCGUGAAAAUGAACACUACCGAGUGUCCCGGUCACAGCGAAGAGAUCCACUGCGAAGAGGAUGACGGUAGACCAGGGUGUCCGAUGGCUAGGUCCGACAUCAUCGUCAUCACCAUGCUGGCAGUCUUCAGUGUCAUUGGUAUCAUUGGUAACGGAAUCGUCAUUUUCGUCUACACGAAAAAGAAGGACAAACUCACGUCAUCAGUCUUUAUUCUUGGAUUAGCUGUGUAUGAUUUCUUGACCUGUUCCAUUAUUAUACCCUACACAGCCUGCAUGAUCUAUUUGAGGUUUAUGAUUUCGUACGAUGCCUUGUGCAAGAUUUACAUGUUCCUGAUUACAUUCAGCGUGCCGUUAUCGGCCUUCCUUAUGGUGGCGAUUGCAGUGGACCGUUACCUCUGUAUCUGUCAUCCGUUCUUGCAUUUACUGACUAAAAAUCGGGCCAGGGCCGUCAUUGGUUUGCUGACCGUGUUUGCUUGUGUUCUGGGUGUACUGAGUUGUAUUUCGUACUCUGUAUACAAGAAAAGGGAUUCUUCAUCAUCAGAGUAUGUUAACUGUACCAUCUCAACACACGAUGUGAAGAAUGACGUCCAGGAAAACCUUACAUCCUCGGAGAAGUAUGUAAAUACAGGACAGUGUGAUUACCCAGGCACAAUAGUCAGCAUGGAAUACUUGAUAACAUGGCAGAAAAUAUAUUCGUCGUUUUAUUUGAUAUCACUUAUCAUAGUAUUAUUGCUUUAUAUUAUGAUUUACCACUCAGUCACUCGUAGAAGGUCAAAGAGGCGGAAGCAGAAGGCACUUAACAAUAUCAGUUUGAAAGCGUCUCUAAAGGAACCACCAAAACAAAACAACCACUCACCGAGUUCGUCCUACACCGUACUUGCUGUAGAUGAAAACAACGAAACCACCAAGGAACCAGUUAACUUGCAGGUGGAAAUGCGUGAAAAUGGCGUUUCUUCUCGUCCCGUGGAGAGAGCCGCCAACGAGACCUCGCCUCUUCAACAGCAGCCGUCACGUGGUGAGCACACCCACCAUCACCACCACCAAAGAGAUCACGAUACAAUAGCCAACAUAAAAACAGCGUUAAUGCUUUUCAUCGUUGCUGUUGUUUUUAUCAUCGCCUUUUUCCCUGCCUGGCUGAUGGCACUGAAUGCUAUUGAUCACAAUAACAUUAUAUUUUAUAUGUAUUUUGCAUAUAAUGUUACAAAUCCCAUCAUUUAUGCCUUUAUGAAUCCAACAUUUAGAAGUGACGUAAAGAAAAUAUGUCACUAAGCCAAAGUGUUUGGAAAUUUGAAGUUGUACGUACGGGAGUACUUGUUUAUUUUGGAACUCUUGCUGGUGUCCUUGGAAGGUUGAUAGAAAUUGGUCCCUUGUAUAUUAACCUUCAAACGACACAUUAUGUAUACUACUUCAACAUACUCUGUUGUCAGUAUUAGCGUGUGUAGAGAUACAUGUACUAGUCUCCUGUAGUGAUUUAGUUUGAAGUGUUCAUGUAACUUCGUUGUUGAGUAUUUUGGAAAUUUUAUUAAUAUUAAAUGAAAUUGAAGAAUC